AUGGCUUUUGCCCCCGGUUCAUUUUCAUUUCUUUCCAAAUACUACCUUCAACCAUUAAUCCUUGUCAUCUUCUACAUAAACUUGCUUUGCUUCCAGCAUGUUAGAGCUGCAUCAAAUGAGACUGAUUAUUUGGCAUUGCUCAAGUUUAAAGAAUCAAUAACUGAUGAUCCUCAUGAAAUCUUGAGCUCUUGGAAUAGUUCGAAACACUUCUGCAGUUGGACUGGAAUCACAUGCGGCCACAAGCAUCAGCGAGUCACCAAGUUGAAUUUGGGAGGCUAUCAGCUUGGUGGGAUCAUAUCGCCCCACAUUGGCAAUCUCUCUUUCGUGAGAUAUCUCUCCCUUUCAAACAAUAGUUUCCAUGGAGAAAUUCCACCAGAGUUGGGACAUUUGUUCAGGCUAAAGAAAAUCUUGCUCCCAAGCAACACAUUGACAGGAGAGAUUCCCUGGAACUUGACAAGUUGUACUGAAUUGAGGAUCUUUAGUUUGAGAAGGAAUAGUCUUAGUGGUACAAUACCAUAUCAGUUAGGGGCUCUUCAGAAGCUUGAACAGUUGCAACUUUUUGGCAACAAUUUAACUGGAAAGAUCCCAUUAUCUAUAUGGAAUCUUACUUCGCUCACUUAUCUUGGAAUGGGGGAUAAUAAGUUGGAAGGAAGAAAUCUUAAAAACCUUGGCAAGUUGGAUAUCUCUAGAAAUAAUCUUUCCAGAGAGAUUCCUUUAACCAUAGGAGAGUGCACAAGUAUGGAAUACCUUAACUUGCAAGGAAAUUCCUUCAAUGGGCCCAUGCCUCCUUCUCUAGCUUUGAUGAAAGGUCUUGAGCAUUUGGAUUUAUCACAAAAUAACCUAUCUGGGCCUAUGCUAGCUGGCCUACAAAACAUUUCUUCUCUUCAAUACUUAAAUGUUUCCUUCAAUAAGUUUGAUGGUGAGGUGCCAACAGAAGGGGUUUUCAGCAAUGCAAGUGCAAUAUCAAUUUCUGGAAAUAUCAAUCUUUGUGGGGGAAUUUCUAAGUUGCACUUACCCCCAUGCCCUAAGAGAGUUGACACACAAACAAAACAUAAUCUGAAGCUCAUGAUUAUUUUGAUUUGUGUGGCCUCUUCUCUUUUUCUUAUAAUUUUGUUUGGUCUCUAUUGGAGGCGAGAAAGAAACAGGAAAUCAUCUUCAAGCUCACCUGUAAUUGAACAAUUUCCCAAGGUGUCAUAUCAAAAUCUACACAUGGCAACUAAAGGUUUCUCCACCAACAAUUUGAUUGAAUUUGGAAGUUUUGGCUCAGUAUAUAAAGGAAGGCUAGAAUUGAAAGAUAAAGUUGUUGCAAUAAAGGUACUGAACCUUCAAAAGAACGGAGCUCAAAAGAGUUUCAUUUCAGAAUGUAAUGCAUUGAGAAACAUAAGGCAUCGAAAUUUGCUAAAAAUUUUAACAUGUUGCUCAAGCAUUGAUUAUAAGGGACAAGAAUUUAAGGCACUAGUGUUUGAGUACAUGUCAAACAGAAGCCUUGAGAAAUGGUUACAUCACAAUCAAGGAAGCGUACCUCAGUCAACAUUAGAUAUUUGUCAAAGAUUUAAUGUUAUAUAUGAUGUUGCAUCGGCACUACAUUAUCUUCAUUAUGAAAAUGAGCAACCAAUUGUCCAUUGUGACUUAAAGCCUAGCAAUGUCCUUCUUGAUGAUGAUAUGGUAGCUCAUGUAAGUGAUUUUGGGUUAGCAAAACUACUUGCAACCCUUAAUGGUAGUUCUCAAAAACAAGCAAGCACAUCUAUAAUAAAAGGAACGAUUGGCUAUGCUCCUCCAGAGUAUGGAAUAACUUCUGAGGUAUCAAUACAAGGUGACAUCUAUUCUUUUGGUAUUCUUAUUUUGGAAAUGUUAACCGGAAAAAGACCAACAGAUCUAAUAUUUGAAGAUGGCCACAAUCUUCAUAGUUACGUCAAAGCUGCAUUUCCAAACAAUCUUUUGAAGAUCGUGGACACAACUCUUGUAUGCCAGCAAGUACAACAAACAACAAUAGUAGCUAAAGGAGAAAUUAGGAUGGAGGAGGUGGCUCUUGUGCAUCCCCACCAUGAGAAGAUUCUAAUUUUACUGUUUGAAAUUGGACUUGCUUGUUCAGUAGAAUCUUCUAAAAAAAGGAUGAACAUGAUGGGUGUACUAAGGGAGCUAAAUCAAAUUAAAAAUGCUCUUGCUCUUGGGGAAAGAAGUCAAAAUUGA